CAAAACAACAGCAACAAAAGUUUGCUGAUAUUUUUCUGCAGUCGCUGUGAGGAGAAUUCUCUAAGUAACUGCUGUUACAAUGGAUGGUUCGUUGUUUGGGAGGAGAAAUACCAACUAUGACGACUAUUACUGUGAUGAGAGCGAUGAUGAUAUACUGUGUAGCUCGAAAUAUAUCAGCUCUGACGAGGAUGAUGAAAAAUUCUUUACAUUACCUAUGUCCACAAAAACACGGAAAAAAGCUUGCAUAAAAAAUCAGGAGAAUGAUGAUGACAAAGACGACUUUGAAAGAGAAAUGGCAUCCGAGUUGUCACAGACCAUGAGACAACUUGCCACAUCCCUCAGGAAGAAUAAGUCACCAGACAACACGAGUGAGGCAGCAGGAAGUAGCCAGGAGUCAAAAUCUGAAAAUGCUGAAAAGGAACCCAUAGAUGAAGCAUCCAAGUUUUAUGAUGCUGUGUAUUUUGACUCGGAUGAUUCUGAGCCUGAAGCAACUGAGACUUCAAAACUCUCCCAUAAAACAAAAAAGAAGGAAAAGCGACGCAUUAUGACUAACGAUGAACUCUUCUACGACCCUACACUGGAUGAUCAGGACCAGGAAUGGGUAGACAAGAUGAGAAGAUCAUACCAACCUAAAAAACAGAGUGAUGUUUACAGAUUCACAAGUGGACAACGUAUAACUGGCCAGCCUCAGAUGUUACCUCAGAGUGAUGCAGUGCUUAACUGCCCAGCAUGUCUUACUACACUCUGCAUGGAUUGUCAGAAGCAUGAGGUCUAUCACAACCAGUAUCGGGCAAUGUUUGUUUUCAACUGUAAUGUAGAUAUGAUGGAGAAAUUGAAGUUUCCAAGUAAAAGCCAGAAGAAGCGGGAUUUUUUCAAAAAUAAAAGAAAAAGCAAGGGUAAACAAAAAAUUGAAGAGGGUGCCCAGAGCUCACAGGCUAGCAGUGAGAUACCACGGAGUGAGCCUGAUAGCAGCAAGAUGCCACAGACGGAGCCAGAUAUCAGUAACAUGGAGCUGGAUAUCAUUGACAUACCACAGGUGGAGCCAGAUAGCCGUGACAUGCCACAGAUGGAGUCAAAUACCAGGGACAUGUUGCAGAUAAAGUCAGAUGGCAGUAAACUGCUACAGGUAGAGCCAGAUAGCAAUGCUGCCACCAGAGAGCCCCAUGGCAGCAGGACCAUGGAUGAAAAGGAAGUUACUUGUGAAAAAAAUAAUACUGUUUCAGCCACCACAGUUGCUGCAGAAAUUAAACCAUUUUCCUUACCUCACAAAGCUACUUUUUCAGGUAAUGAAGAUGAGGUAUUUCACCCAGUUACAUGUAAGAUAUGUAAUACCAAGGUUGCAGUUUAUGAUAAGGAUGAAGUUUAUCAUUUUUUUAACAUUGUAACAAGUUAUUAAUGUAUCAAUCACGGCAAUUCAGUUAUUUUCUGUUCAACAAUUUUUUUUUUAUCUAGGGCUAUCAUUGGUAAUCAUAGUAAUAAUACAUCAUAGAUUCCCAUGCUGAGGUUAUACAAUGUUUGAUUAUACAGUAGGACCCCUGUGUCCAUGGGGGAUAUGUUCCAAGGACCUGCCACAGAUAGUGAACCCUAUACAGUGGACCCCCGCAUAACGAUAUUAUUUCAAUCCAGAAGUCUGUUUGGGUGCCGUUAUAGACAGAAUUUGUUCCCAUAAGAAAUAUUGUGAAUUAGAUUAGUCCUUUUCAGACCCCUAAAAAUACACCUACAAAAGCACUUACAAAAAUAAACUUACAUAAUUGGUCGAGUUGGGAGCUGAUCGUUAUCCGGGGGUCCACUGUAUAUAAGUCGUUUUUCCUUGGCUGUUUGGAGUGGCAUCUGAGCUGUCAUAUCUUUGCACCUCUACAUAGACAGUGAUUAUGUAUGAAUGAUGGUGAAAGUGUUUUUAUUUUGGCAUCAUCCUGGCUCAGUGGGAGACAGCUAGCAAGUACUGGAGUGUAAACCUGGGCAUUUUAAGUUGGAGUGCAAGAUGCCAUCACUUUUUAUAAUUGUUUAUGAUGAAAGUAUAACAAUAUGUACUCUAAAGUUAUUGUUUGUUUAUCUGCCACUUAUUUAAAACAAAAACUGAAUUAUCUAAGCACAAAAUGUAUAAUUAGCACUUUGGAGAGUGCCUUCAAAAUUGGUUAUAGUUGGAUUGCCUACAGUAUUUGGCUUUCUCAUACAAUAAUUGCUUUCAGUACUCUGUCACUUUAUAUUUAUGUGAAAUGUUCUUGCUUGCCUUUUCUUCCCAUUUUGUGGGACUUAAUGUCUAUAUUAAAUUCUGCCAUCCAUCUGUCAUUCCAUUUGCUUAAUUUAUGUCUUCUUAUAGGAAUUUUCAGUAAUUGUCAUUACUAUAUUUACAUAAAACUUUUAAAUCAUUUGCAAACAUGAUCAUGUAGUUAUUUUUAUUUUUUCUGGCAGUCAAGCAGUAGAGGUAUGAACAUCAGUGCAUAUUUUACAGUUCAAGGUUUUUCAAUCUUAUCAUGCUACUGCUCUUUUCUGACUUUUUCACUAAUAACUCAGCACUUGCAAGGAAGCUGGCAGCAUUGUUCAUCUGCUUUAGUGUCCAACAAGCUUUUUUUUUAUUCAGACUGCAAUUGAAGUUCUGGCCGACAUCUUUUCAUUAUUAUCAGCUGUGGGAUGCAGUACUUCAGCUCCCCUCAAGGAAGGUUCCUUGAUGCUGAUGAGGGGCUCUUGAUCUAAGGAAUUGAACGAGUGUCCCAAUUCCCUGAAUCAACCCUGAAUGCCAUCCAUUCCCCAAGGCACUGUGUGACCCAUAUAGGUUUAGUGUUACCCCCCCAUGUAUGUAAUAAUAAUAAUAAUAAUACUUGAACAAAUGCAUAUUGAUAACACUGAACUUUCACAUGGUUGUCUUGUGGAGAGGUACCCAGUGCCACUGCAAAAAAAAUGUCAUGUGCUGAUGGUCCAACAUCUUAUAUGUUGCAAAAUUCACCAGAGAGCAUGCUGACUUCUUUGUCAACCUCUUAGCUCUCUUGACAUUCUUACUCUGCCCUUGUCUCUGAAAAUUCCACAUUUAAUACAGAUUCUUUCUGAUGUAACUGAAACUGAUGUACUGCACCAGCUUUGGCUAACCUUUCAUUGUUAUACUCAUUCUUCACCUUUUUUACUUUUUUUUCCCUAACAUCUGUUACCCUUUUGCCAUGCAGCCUUGAAGGAUCCACAGCUUUUGUGCUUUUUGUGAAUAUGUAUGUAUAUUUUAUGCCCCUUUCUGACUAA